CACAGAUGAACAGCACAGAAGGACAUGUUCGCUGCUUAGCUGCAAUACUUCAUAAAGGACCAAAAAGAACGUCUUUUCUGAUCAUGAACACAUCAAAUGUCAUCACAGAAGACCGGGUUUAUGCUGGGGUCUUUGGCUGCGUGAUGGUGAUAGGUCUGCCUCUCAAUGCAGUCGCACUGUGGAUUCUUCUUCGCCGCCACAGCCUCAAAUCACCCAACGCUGUCUUCAUGGUCAAUCUAGCAUUCUCAGACCUUCUACUCAUCAUCUCUUUGCCCAUGAGGAUCUACUUUCAUGCCACUGGCACCUGGCCUCUGAGCAAUAUGGCGUGCCUCAUCAUUACAAUGCUCUUUCGUGACAACAUCCGUUCCAGGGCUAUGUUUAUCACCUUCAUCAGUGUGGACAGAUUGCUGGCUGUGGUUUAUCCUCUGAGGUCACGCCAUUUAAGAACCUCAUCCAAUGCCUGGAAAGGAGCUGCAUUCGUCUGGAGUUUUUUGCUGGUGGUGAAUAUCCGAGAGAGUUUGGACUUCCUAGAACAUUUGCAGGACCACACUCAACCUACCUGUUUUAAAUCUUAUGACUCUUACGAGCCUUUAUUGAGUAAAACUCGAUUAGCAGUUAUUUACCUUCAGAUUGUGUUACUGGUCACAAUGCUAACAGUCAACAUUGUGUGCACCGUUAUGGUGUCUUGGACUCUGCACAGACAUCUCAGUGACUCUGCAAAGGUCAACAACAAGAUGAAAGUUAUGCUGAUCUUUGUCAUGAACUUGGUUUUGUUUGCCAUGUUCUUACCUGUGCCUAUAGGAAUGGCUGCACAUGGCAAAGAAAUCAUGCCGCUGGUAUGUCUUACUGUUUCUAACUGCUGUCUGGAUCCUCUGUUGUAUUACUUUUCUUUUGACUCCUUUUGGAAGAAAAAGGAAGAUGCAACGAACGGAGGAGAAAUGUAGAUGCUAGACAUGAUAUUUUUGGUAUGAUAUUUUCUUUUUGACAUGCAUUCUUUUCUUUUUUUGGUGAACUAAUUUGUUAUUGCCCAAAAUGCUCAUUUAGUUCAAGCAUAUUUUCCCAAUUCCUAAAUUCUGAAACUGAGCUUAUUGUACUAUUGUGUGUCUUUUGACUCGCCUCUCUCUGCUUUCUUGUCUUUCCACUCACCCCCAAUCAUUUGUGGCAGCUGGUGCCCCUCCCUGACCCUGGGUUUGUAGGAAGUUUCUUCCUGUUAGAAUGGAACUUUUUUUCUACCCACUGUUACCACAGGUUUGUUCAGAGGGGGUUCAGUCAUGGAAUUUUGGGGGUUUCAUUCUAAUAUUGUGGGUUCCUUAUUUUAUAAUAUAAAGCACCUUUGGGUGACUGUUGUUGUGAAUUGGUGCUAUAUAAAUAAAAUCGAAUGAAAUUUUCACCAGUAACUCAACAAUAAUUGUCAAUUAAAUGUACUUGUGAAGCUUAGGCAGUGGGAGAGAUAGAGAAAAGACUUGUUAGCUUCACAGUUUUAUAAAACUAUUCUUCAAAUUUAAAGCUUCAGGACUGUAGCUGAUUUAUUGUACAUUUUGUACACUUGACGACUGAGGAAACAACCUGUCUUUAUCUGCUGGAGAGUUUAAAAAGACCUCCGGAAGUCCAUACCACAGAACAAGAUACUGUCAAGCACGUAAAACAAACCACAUUUUAACAGAAACCUUUUAACUCUUCACACACUGUUCAUCACAAUGCUCUUUAACAACAACAUCCUCUCCAGCGCCAACUUCAUCCCUGUCAUCAGCUUGGAACAUCUGAUGGCUGUGGUUUUUCCUUGACGCCAUGCCAUCUUAGACCCUCGUCCUGU